GAGACCCGCAGAGUGCCCACCCCGCGGCGUCGCCCGGCAGCUCCUCCUCGUCUCCGCCCCGCCGGCCGCGGCCGCGGGGGACGUCAGCGCUGCCAGCGUGGAAACCGCGGCGGUCCGCGGGAGGCGGAAGUAGCGCUGGGACCGCGGAGCCUCCAUAGGGCUCCGCCGGCCGCCUCAGCCAUGGACGCGUCCCUGGAGAAGAUAGCAGACCCUACAUUAGCUGAGAUGGGAAAAAACUUGAAAGAGGCCGUGAAGAUGCUAGAGGACAGUCAGAGAAGAACAGAGGAGGAAAAUGGAAAGAAGAUAUCAGGAGAUAUUCCGGGGCCACUGCAAGGCAGCGGACAAGACAUGGUGAGCAUCCUCCAGGUAGUACAGAACCUGAUGCACGGAGAUGAAGAUGAGGAGCCCCAGAGUGCCCGAAUCCAGAAUAUUGGAGAACAAGGUCAUAUAGCUUUGCUGGGGCAUAGUCUGGGAGCUUAUAUUUCAACUCUGGACAAAGAGAAGCUUAGAAAACUUAUGACCAGGAUACUUUCAGACACUACGUUAUGGCUAUGCAGAAUUUUCAGGUAUGAAAAUGGCUGCGCUUAUUUCCACGAAGAAGAAAGAGAAGGACUUGCAAAGAUUUGUAGGCUUGCUAUUCAUUCUCGUUACGAAGACUUUGUAGUCGAUGGUUUCAAUGUAUUAUAUAACAAAAAACCUGUCAUAUAUCUUAGUGCUGCUGCUAGGCCUGGCCUGGGCCAGUACCUUUGUAAUCAGCUCGGGUUGCCCUUCCCCUGCUUAUGUCGUGUGCCAUGUAACACUAUGUUUGGAUCCCAGCAUCAGAUGGAUGUUGCCUUCCUGGAGAAGCUGAUUAAAGAUGAUAUAGAACGCGGAAAACUGCCCCUUUUGCUUGUAGCAAAUGCUGGAACUGCGGCAGUAGGGCACACAGAUAAGAUUGGACGUUUGAAAGAACUCUGUGAGCAGUAUGGCAUAUGGCUUCAUGUGGAGGGUGUGAAUCUGGCAACCUUGGUUCUAGGUUAUGUCUCCUCAUCAGUUCUGGCUGCAACCAAAUGUGACAGCAUGACACUGACUCCGGGUCCAUGGCUGGGUUUGCCGGCUGUCCCUGCAGUCACGCUUUAUAAACACGACGAUCCUGCCUUGACUUUAGUUGCCGGUCUUACAUCAAACAAGCCAGCAGACAAACUCCGUGCCCUGCCACUGUGGUUGUCUUUACAGUACUUGGGCCUCGAUGGGAUUGUGGAGAGGAUUAAGCAUGCCUGCCAACUGAGUCAACGGUUACAAGAAAGUUUGAAGAAAGUGAACCACAUCAAAAUCUUGGUGGAAGAUGAGCUCAGCUCUCCAGUAGUGGUGUUCAGGUUUUUCCAGGAAUUACCGGGUUCAGAUCCAGUGCUUAAAGGCGUCCCUGUGCCCAACAUGGCACCUUCGGCAGUCAGCCGGGAAAGACACUCGUGUGAUGCCCUGAAUCGCUGGCUGGGAGAGCAGCUCAAACAGCUGGUGCCCGCGAGCGGCCUCACCGUCAUGGAUCUGGAAGUGGAGGGCGUGUGCAUCCGGUUCAGCCCUUUGAUGACAGCAGCAGUUUUAGGCACUCGGGGAGAGGAUGUGGAUCAGCUCGUGGCCUGCAUCCAGAGCAAGCUGCCCGUCCUCACCUGCACACUGCAGCUACGGGAGGAGUUCAAGCAGGAGGUGACAGCAGCAGCAGGUCUCCUGCACGUCGAUGACCCGAACUGGCCUGGAAUAGGGGUUGUCAGGUAUGAACAUGCUAAUGAUGAUAAGAGCAGUUUGAAAUUAGAUCCAGAAGGGGAAAAAAUCCAUGCUGGACUCCUGAAAAAGUUAAAUGAACUGGAAUCUGACCUUACAUUUAAAAUGGGCCCGGAAUAUAAAAGCAUGAAGAGCUGUAUUUACAUUGGCAUGGCGAGCGACGACGUGGAUAUUUCUGAACUAGUGGAGACCAUUGCAGUCACAGCCCGAGAAAUUGAGGAGAACUCACGGCUUCUGGAAAACAUGACAGAGGUGGUUCGGAAAGGGAUUCAGGAAGCUCAGGUUCAGCUGCAGAAGGCAAAUGAGGAGCGACUUCUGGAAGAGGGGGUGUUGCGACAGAUCCCCGUCGUGGGGUCCGUCCUGAACUGGUUUUCUCCAGUACAGGCUUCACAGAAGGGGAGAACCUUUAACUUAACAGCAGGCUCCUUGGAGUCCACGGAACACACCUACGUCUACAAGGUACAAGGCACGGGAGUCACACCACCUCAGACCCCCUCGGGCACCCGCACGAAGCAGAGACUUCCAGGCCAGAAGCCUUUUAAGAGGUCCCUAAGAGGUUCUGAUGCUCUGAGCGAGACAAGCUCGGUCAGCCACAUUGAAGACUUAGAAAAGAUGGAGCAUCUGACCAGUGGGCCAGAGCAAGAUGUCCUGGAGACCAGCAGCCCUGAGCCCCACCCUGGGUCUCCCACCCUGCAGGACACCGAGCAGACGGGGGCCCUCCAGAACGGGGCCCAGCGCCCAGAAGAUGACCGUCCCCAGGUAGAAGAACUGGAGAGCUUAAGAUAA